AUGCUAAAGUAUCUGCCUAUAUCAGAAGAGAGACUCCUGCAGAUACAGCGAGAAACGGAGAAUGACGAGUCUCUCCAGGUCCUCAAGGCCGUAAUCCAACAGGGCUGGCCUGAACAGAAAUCUGCCCUACCAAAUAUCAUCUCUCCAUAUUACAACAUGAGAGAUGAAAUGUCCGUUCAAAAUGGACUCAUUUUCAAAGGAGAAAGAGUGGUAGUUCCACGAGCGAUUAGAAGCGAUCUGAUGAAGAGAGUUCAUAAUGCGCAUCUUGGUGUCAAUGGAUGUCUUAACAGGCCCGAGAGUGUUUAUACUGGCCUGGGAUGUCCGGGGACAUCAAGAAUUUUGUGUCAACUUGCGAGGUGUGUAGAGAAUAUGAACGAAGCCAGACGAAAGAAACUCUAA